AUGGUAAUGAAAUUUUCAGAUGCUAAGAAGAUCUGUCCAGUAUCUCAAGAUAUGCUUGAACUGAAACAAUAUUUUGAGACUAUUAAGAAUAUUUUGCAUGACAGUGACAAAGUCACAGACAUCAGUCUACUAAGAUCAAGUGCACUAAAUAAAAUACAUGCAUCUGAGAAAUGUUGCUUUCUCCUUAAGCUUGGAACAUUUUAUGUGACCAACAUUUUCCCUCAGCUUAAUGUCAGCAUCAGCAAAACGCACAGAGAAUUCACUCAUCUGGCCAAUUCCAUGCUUAGUCUGAAGAUAGAACUCAAACAUUGUCAUGCUACAAUGAGGUGCCCAUGUGGGGAACAAGCACACACUGCAAUGGAAGAAUUCAAGACUAGCUAUUACAAGAUGAAAACACAAGAUGCUAUUUUCAAAGCUAUUGGAGAGAUGAACGUUCUGUUUUACUGGAUAGAGAAGAACUUUAAAAACUGA